AUGUGAACACAACAAGGCGCCCUCUAAGUUCUCCUUUAAAAAAACUGCCUGCUUACUCCGAAGCCGCAUUCGUUGCUGGAGGUGAUGAUGGUAGUUCGAACGUGAGAAACGAGCGUGAUGAACGCGGCGUGAGCGCGUCGAUCUGCAGAUUCUUCAAGUUCACCGCCACCACUACCGUAAGAUACCCAACUCUCAGUCUGCCCAGCCCAUGUCAGAAAAGCAGCGCCGACCGAUACCGCCAAAUCCACCAAGGUGGCAGCCGAAUCCGGACCCCGCGUCCAUCGAAGUCCCCGGGCUGGAUACAACAGCGUCAGUGAACGACCAGAUUGACCAGAUAGAGCAGCUCAUCACCAUCAAACUACAGACCAUCGAUGAAAACUUUUCCAAGAUCCAUAACGUGCUUGCCAACAAGAUCUUGCCUGCGGUAAAGCGUUACGCGGUCGCGACGGAGCCGGUGAGGGAGGCGGCACAGUUCUGGACAUCCUUCUACGAGCAGGCAGCCCAGAUUCGUAUACCUACUGUCGACGACUACUCGACCGUCAAUGAGCGGACCUCUGAACACGAAUCUGGCUCUAACUCUCAUGCUACGACAGACUCCCAGGCAGAAGCUAGCCAUGCUACAGCACGUCCUUUCGAGACCAGCAUUGCAUCGGCCGAGAGCUCAUUCCGUCCCGGCCAAGCAGCUUUCUCGUCGACGCCGGCCAGACCGGCGACGACAUUUGAUACCCAGGAAUCAGAAGCAUCUUGGUCUGCUUCGGUUGAAUCUCCUCUGGUUCGUCUGGAUAGAGAAUUUCAAAACUUCUCCAGAGAUGAGCCAUCUGUUCCCCCAUCAAGGCAGGAGCAGUCGCGCGACAAACCACCCCCUUCGAACAAAGGAAAGUCUAGAGAAGAACCCCAGCCACUUCUCCGAAAUCUUCUUCGACAGAAUAUGCACUCUAUCAGUGAAGACUCUACCAUUACCCAUUCACCAGUAGCUUCACCCAUGAAACCCAGAGGGAAAAUAAAAACUCCCGUCCCUAAAACACUCAACCCGUACCUUCCUUCCAACACCGAGCCCUCGCAAUGGAAUGGCGUUGUUGAUCUGCGCGAUCCUUCCAUAACAACUCCCCAUCGCGGGAAGCGAUUCGGAUAUGCUCACAGGGCGCGCGCCGGUCCUAGUGCUUCCGCCGACGAUUCUGAUGAUGACUCCUUUGACGGCCUCCCACCAGGCAUGUCACCACCCGUCCUUAUGUCCCCCGCUCGCCUGCCCAAAUCCUCCCGAAAGAUGGUUCUUGGUCGAACACCAACCGGAGAAGCUGCAGCAAGGAUCACGAAAGACUUGGUUCAAGAUAUCCAGGCCCACCGUCGUGCAGACAGUCGACAUUUAUUCCAUGGGCACAGUACGGAGUCGAGCAUGAGCACUGUACCCACCCCUCCGUCACUGUCGCGGUACAGAGGAGGGACAGACACUAGUGGCAGCGUUACUGGGGAAUCCAGUCUGGAGAGCAUGAUGCAUAGGGCCGAUUUAGGCGUGGCCAAUAUAGCUACCACCCCGGGUUUGCGACUGUGGCCGAAAAACCGUACGCCUGGGAUCCCUCCACCGUCUCCACUGCGAGCGUAUCCCCAGUACGACGAUAAUCGUGGUUUCGCUACCGACACUUAUGGUGACGUCGUUGUGGGACAGUUCGUGGCGUCUAUGCAUCAUGGCGAUGAAGAAGAUGAUGAUUCAUUUGCUGACGACGACGAAGUGAAUAAUACUGCUCAUCCUUCUGCUGCAUUCAAACUUCUCAUGGAAGGAAGCGGACCGAUGGAUGAUUCAUUUGCUUCCACAGAUACUUCUGUUGACUCGUUAGAUCGCGAGGAUAUUGAUGUUGAAGGUGGCCCGAUUCAUCCAUUUGCUGGUAUCAAUCUGGAGGGGGCGUUUGACGAAACGUUCGAUGAUUCGUUCAAUGAUGACGAUGAAGGGCCAGAGGAGGAGACGCUAUUUGGCGUGCCCCCUGCUCAGCGGAUGCGGCGGAUAAUAGAGGCAGAUAAUAACGACUUGGUGCUGCAUGGAAAUCAACUAUUUAGAGAUGGCGAUACAGGCGGGUUGACGGAAGAGCUGGGGCAAGUAGCAGAGAGUCCUACACCGUGGUCGAGGAGGUAGAUAUGUAAGAUUUAGGGUUAGAUACCACAAUUUCCCACUAAGAGUUUUGGCGUUUAUACUAGUGAUACUGUGUAGAUUAUACCAUGGUUAGCCCGUGCGUGUUCAGUGUCACUGACAAAGAUCUCGUCCUUGAUCGUGUUUCUUUUCACCUCGUCUCCAAUAGCACAUCGCCUUCUCCUUGGACGGUAUCUCCAAUGUGACUCCUCCAACGGCUCGCCCACAGAUA